AUGCAACACGAGCUCACCGAGAGAAGGUUCUACGUGCGCGAAGUGGUGACGGUCACCGGGACGCCAGAGCCGCACGAGAGGCCGGUCCACCGACAAGCUAAGCGGACUCGAGUGCACGUCAAGACGCUCUCGCAUGACCUCUACGAGCACGUUGCCGACCUUCCCCAAGAGGGGUAUCAACACCCUGCCCACGACGUAGGCGCGCACACGGUCGAGGACCGCAACCUCAAGGUCGAGAACGUGCUGAUCCACCUGCUGUGGCCUGUACUACUGGCGGGCAACACCAUGAAGUGGAUCCACGCGCGACUGAACCUGCCCCAAGCACUUAUUCGAGAUCUUCCCAGUGGAUCCAAGAUGUCUCGCAAAAGGGCUCUGUACUGCGCAGUGGGGUCGGACACGCUCUUCCACCUUCUGCGGCUAAAGCACGAGCUGCAGAACGGUGCUAAAGUGUCGAAGGCCGUCGUAAAUCAAGUCGACGUGCUUCGUUUGUGCCGCGCCCUGGGGAUGGCCGUAUCUGACGAGGGCAACCGAGUGGCCAUGCGCAACUUCGAGUUCGGACAGUUCCGCCCCAGCAGCUACGACGCCGACUUCGCGCGGUUCAUUCGCGAAAAGCUUGCUGCUGCUGGCAGUCGCACGGACGAGGAGGACAACGCGCCGCCCGAGGUGGAGAUCGGCUGCUUGUUCGGCAGGCAGAGCGGAGUGAGGGCCGAGCUCACUCGGAUGGAGUUGUGGGAUUCCGACUGUGUGUCUUCUCUCACUGAGCAAGGCGUCUAUUGCAUUGAAAAGGGUGGCGCAGAUGGAGAUCACCGGAAGUUCGUUGCGUUCGCGUGGCUGAACGCCAGUCUCUUCGACCCGGACUCCAUUCGCGACACCCCCGCGUACGAGCUUCGGUUCUUGAUGGCGUUGAGCCCCCACGUCAGCUGCUGCCUGUCGCGAGACGAUUUCCUGCGUGUCAAGAGCGAAGUGGACGCGGCGUCCAGCAGCACGACCAUGCAGUGGAACUCGUGCUCGGUCGCGUUUCGAGUCCAGAAGCAAGAGAAGCAGAGCGACAGCGUGCGCUGUGCAAAGCCCACGAAGGCGGUCAUUCCGUCCGCCGACCCCAUUAAAAGCGUCGAGUUCAUCGGUGGAGUGUUCCCGGCGGUAGCGGUUGAAAGUGCGACCCCGUUAACGACCGACUGGACCACGUUUAGUAAAGCGAUGUCGAUGGACGACUUUGUGGACGGGGUGAUGGAGCUAUGUUCGUGCUACACGUUGGAGCUGCCUCUUGAGCCAUUGCGAGCAGCACUUGCGCGUGACUGUCUUCUCGAUAAGUUUAAUUGCUAUCCGGAUGACGGGUUGGCUGCGCUCCGUAAGAGCCUGGAGGAGGAGCUGGUGCAGGCAAAGGAGCGCAUUGAUCGAGCCGUCUCCCAAGAGCUGAACAGAGUCAUGACCCAAAACACCGACGUGCUCUUUGCUGCUAGAACCCCAGCGAAUGCUUCCAAGAUGGACAAGGCGAGGACGCAAUAUAAAGACCUGCUGCAGACGCUGAACGAUCACGGCGUGCUGGCUGGUCUGGAGGACGAAACACGCACAGCGCUGCGCAUGGCCGAGCGGAUGCAGGCCAAUAUGAAGGCUCUGCACGACGCGUAUGUGAACAACAGCUCGAGGCAUGAAGCUAUACUGAACGAGAUCAUGAACGGGACUCCAGUUGAGGCGGCAAACAACAGUAGCCAAGAAGGGUGGCUGAAAGCGUUGGCCCGAGGUUUCGUCAGACGGAUAUUCAGCGGUAACGAGCAGUGGAGCGAGGAAGUGGAGAAGGAACCUACUAAGGUGGUUCGAGUCUACCAGAUAAACUCUGGAAGCCCGGUUCAAAUGUCUUUAAUGGGAACAAUCGAGUUCGAGGCCGGCGUUGAGCUUCGUACGCUAGCGACUGUGAAGACAAACCAGCUCGUUGCCGUCGUGGUCAAAGAUGAUAAAACAAUCGUGCGCCGGAUCCUGUUCCCGAUCGACCUGGACGCAGUGGACAAGCUGGCCGCCGAUCAGUUCGACGUCCGCACGUUCCCAAAGGCGUGUUGCUUGUGCUUCAUUCGAGCUAGCGACCGACACGUAGUGUUCACGUUCGGAGCGGCUGACCAGCGGCUUGGUACCGCCUCGUUCUACCGGUUGAACGAGUCGUUCACCACCAUCCAGGGUACGCGCGGCAACAUCGACAUGGACGCUACGUUCGGGCUGACAGCCCCCGUUGUGGACGUCCUCCUGACCGAGCGCUUGCUCUGUGCGCUAGACGCACAAGGAGGUUUCCAGUCGUACGACUCGUGCACGCGUCAAAUUUCCAACAAGGUGCAACUCGGUGGUCGGAGUGAUACGAAGAACUGGGUGGGAGGCUUGCUAUGCUUGAACUGGGUGGGAGGCUUGCUAUGCAGUCAGUUGUUGGCUGUCGACUCGAUUUCCAGGGAGGAUCACCGCAAGCUUCCCAGUGCAGUCGUCGACGGAGUAUCGCCCAAAGGGUCCGUAUCUGUUGGGUGCAUGGGCGACGUCUUGUACGUGGUUGAUGCUGGAGUCCGUGCAUUGUUCGCGUCGGAGCUGAGCGUGACAAAGUUCCCCGUCCGAAGUCUAAUUGACAGCGCCAUGAGCCCAGACGCGUCGUGCGCUGUUCAAGUUCGCUUGGUAUUCGCUGAAGACGGCCAGGAAGAGCCUUUUGUAGGCGAUGCGGCUCCAGUGUGCAAGGCUUACUUCAACAAUCUCAUGAGGGAUCUCCGGCACCUGAACAAGCCCCUGGCCGGGCCACGAAUUUCAUUGCUGCAGGACGGCGAAGAUAACACUAAGCACGCCUCGCGAAGUGAUAAUGCGAGUGAAUCGAGCGACUCAGCAACGACCGAGGCAUCGGAAAUCGCUCAAUCGAUUCGCUUCGGUUUGUUGUCUCCGCUCUUGGAGUCGUGGGGUGGGCGCUGCGUGGUCGUGACGUCCAUGGAGAAGCAGUCGACUGGGAAGAGCUACUUCCUCAACCACUUGACUGGAACCACCUUUGCAAUCUCAGGCGCGCGCUGUACGGACGGAGCGUGGAUGUCCCUCCGGUUUCUAUCGGCCGAUACGCUCCUGGUGGUUCUGGACUUUGAAGGCCUCGGCUCGUUCGAGCGGUCGGAGCAGGAGGACUUUUUCCUGUCCGCGUUGAACGCUUCGGUGUCCAUGUUCACGAUUUUCCGGAUGGAGAGCCGCUUCGACAAGGACAUCGACGGACUCUUUUCGCGUUUCCAGAAGGGGGUGCAGCUGAUCAAGAACGACUCCAGACUCUUUCGAGGGCUGCUCUUUAUGAGCGUCAAGGACGUCAACAUGAACGACCACCAAAGCGUCGUCGACGAGCUGGCGAUAAAGCUGAACUCGAUCUUUGAGUCGAGCAGGGAGCACAAUUUCCUGACCGAGAUGUACGCUGGACAAGUGGAAAUUAACUGUACGCCGCCUAAUUGCACGCUGGAAUACUUCCAGUCGAUGGAGAAUGACGCAGCGAAGGGUUUGCUCGAGAUCAUAGCUCCGAAUGGGAGCGCUGCAGGAGGGUUCUCCACGGGGAAGGCGUUUCUGGACUGCCUUCGCAUCGUGCUAGCGAAGAUCUCGAUCCUGGACUGGACCAGUAUGGACAAGAGCACGCAGAACUUGGUGGUCUCCGAUGUGAAGCAGAAGCUGCCCGGGAUUAUCCGUACCGGGUGUCACGUGCCGCAGACUCUGGUGGCAGAUCCGACUAUUUCCCUGCAGCUGAAAGAAGCCGUGCUGCAAGUAGGCAGCCAGAAGAAACUAUGCGUCUCGCUAGAGGAGGUAUGCCAGGCGUAUCCAGGAUACGCGACCAAGUGGAAGGCGCUGAACCGCGUUGCUGCACUGGACGGUAUUGGCGAUGAGGCGAUCGAUUUCGGCUUUGACGUGACUGCCAUCGAAGACCGAGGGCUGAAAGUAGUGCAAAGGAUUCUGGUGGCGCUUUUCCAGAAAUUUUUGGGACUGGGGUUCAAGGAGAAGGACUCCUCCAGAGUCACCACGGAGGACCAGAGACACUUUGACGACUUUGUAGCGUUUGUGCUGCGCCGCCGCAAGAUGAAGGUGUCACGUUGGCUUCGUGGUGCAUUGGGCGAUAGUUUGUCCGAGACGCGAGCAAAGCUGGAGCAGCGGUUUGCGGACCGACUAAUCCAGCACCACUGCGGUACAAACCACAAGUGCCGCGGUAGGUGCGAGUACGCCGAGUGCCGCGAUGGCUCCGAGUCGAAUGCUCCUCCGAGUUCUCGCAGUGCCGGCCACGAGGGGAAGUGCGAGUGCGAGAAGGGGGAGCACACGUGCGAACGUGUUCCAAACUCGCCGAGCACCGCGGCGACCAUCGUUGCUCGGUACAAGUCCACACUUGUGGCGCUCAGUGCUCCUCUGAUUCUUGCGACGCAGCUUGUGUACUCGACAUUCAGCGCCGCCAUGUCGUCCGCAAACACACGAGACUCCUCUGCUUGGCCAUGGAAGUGGUUCUUCUCCCCGCACACGUUCUUGCAUGCUUUCAUGAAGGCACUGAAUUGA